AUGUAUCAAGAUGGUGAACACAGGAGAUUCUCACGGUUUAUUAACACGUCUCUGAAGUUACACAGAGCUCCGGUUCUAGAAAGUUUUAAUGUCAAAUUUGGUCAAAAGGCUAAUGCUAUAGAUAUUAAAGCAUAUGUGAGAACCGCUAUUAAACGCGGUGUGCAUACUCCUUCUUUGGAGAUCUUGGAAAUUGAAGAAGCUAUUGGUGGGUUUUGUGGCAUCGAGCACAAGAUGCCUAAGCUUGAAGCGGCAAAUGUUCAUGUUACUUGUAGUCAUACGGAGCAGAUUCAACGUGUGGAAGUGGUAAGACAACUCGAUCGUAAGUGUGGUUGGUUAAUUAGUGGCACCGACGGGUGUAUAAGUCCCUCUGGUGGAGGUAAGGGUGAGUUCACUAAUGGUGGAUUUGCAUGUUAA